AAAAUAUUUGAAGCACAAUAAUAUUCUGAUCACUGGUGACAUACUCGAGUGAUUCUUUGCAUUAUCUUUUUCUUUCCCGUGAGACCAUUUGGAAAACCCUCAACAGAGGGCCAGUUGUACAUGCUUGUAUACAUGCUAGCACGAACCGCAACCAUGAACACCACCCCGGGUGUCCGUUGUUGGCCAUGUUCUUGGUGGGUUGUGGUGGCUACCACGAUGAACAACAACUAAUAGGAGGGUAGUGGGUCUUUUGGGUAGUGGAGAGUACUCCCGAUAGUUGUGGUUGUUCGUGGUCGCUCUAGGUGGCUCACUGGAAGCUCUCCACGAUCCUUGGUGUGAAGAGUAUUCCUGAUAACCUAAGGAUGACUCAGGGGGCUGGGUAUUUUGUGUGGUGGUCCAAAAUUAAUUAGUUAAUUAAAACCAAGUUCUUAUAAAAUUGAAAUUAAUGAUAAUAAGGCCGUUUAUCUUCACCCUAACAACUAGAGUCUUGCCUAAUUCUUUACAUGUUUAUUAAGUUCUAUUGCCUUGCAUGAUAUGGUUUAAAAAUAAUUAAUUAAACCCACCACGCUGCCAACAUUCCUAUGUGAAAGUAUAGUCAAAAGCUUUUUAUGGAAGUCAUCUAUCACUUUUUCAAUACACCCAUUUUCCACAAAAGGCCCCAUAUUUAUGCUACUCUGCCCACUCUUUAUCCCUACAACGGGUUGUUUUUUACCAUAAAAAAAAAUAAUAAUAAAACCUUUUGACUGACUACACAAAGACAUCCCCCCAAACCCACCCACCCACCAAAAAAAACUACUACAUAUAAGGUAGCAUCUCUAAUAGAGCAAAACCCACAAAAGAAAAAUUCAGAAUUACCGUUUUCAGGAAUGUCUUGAAGUGGGUUUUUUUGGGUUAAGUUUGUUGAUUUUAUCUUUGCCUGUUAUAGAUAGUGUUCAAAGCUAGCAUUCUGUACGUGCUGAACGUGGUAUUUUGUAAUUCUUUUUUUUUUUUUUUAAUUUGAGUAAAUAAUGAGGAAAGCAGGAUUUUAGUUUGCCAGAAAUGGUUCGGACCCUCCCUGUUAUAGCCUAUUCGUUUAUUUUGGGGUUCUAUAAUUUGUUAACGGUUUAUGGGAAUGCUGAAGUUGAUGCAUUGAGUGCCCUAAAGGCACGAUUACACGAUCCUAAGGAUGUUAUGCAAAGUUGGGAUUCAACUCUUGUAACUCCAUGUACUUGGCAUCAUGUUACUUGCGACAAUGAGAAUAAAGUUGUUAGCGUUGAUCUUGGAAAUGCAGGCUUGUCUGGUAAACUGGUUCCGCAGCUUGGUCAACUUACAAACUUACAGUACUUGGAGCUUCACAGUAAUAACAUUACCGGAAGAAUUCCUAAGGAGCUUGGGAACUUAACGGAGUUGGUGAGCUUAGACCUUUACAGGAACCGGUUAGAAGGUGACAUUCCAGAAAGACUGGGCAACCUUCAGAAACUUCGUUUCCUUCGUCUCAAUAACAACAGAUUAACGGGAGGCAUUCCAUAUUCCUUAACUACGAUAUAUUCGCUAGAAAUAGUUGAUCUAUCAAACAACUUAUUAGAAGGUGAUAUCUAUUACAGUACUGGCUCAUUUCCGAGGUUAACGCCCCUAAGCUUUGCCAAUAAUACCGACUUGGCAUCUGUGAUUCUUCCAAUAAGUCCAUCAUUUCCUUCAGUCGGAAACAACGGGAAAGACAAGGGAGCUAUUGCUGGAGGAGCUGCUGUUGGUGCUGCUCUUGUUCUUGCAGGUUGGGUAAUUGUACCUGCUUGGCGGUGGUGCAGAGAACGACAAGAUCAUUUCACUGAUGUAGCAGAGGACCCUAAAGUUCAUCUGGGACUACUGAAGAGGUUUUCUCUGCGUGAACUACAAGUUGCAACCGAUGAUUUCAGUAACAGAAACAUUCUUGGUCGAGGUGCAUUUGGAAAAGUUUACAAAGGGCGGUUAGCUGAUGGUGCUCUGGUGGCUGUAAAAAGACUGAUAGAUCGUGUUCAAGGUGGUGAAUUGCAGUUUCAAAUGGAGGUUGAGUUGAUAAGCAUGGCUGUACAUCGCAAUCUACUUCGGCUGCAAGGGUUUUGCAUGACACCAACCGAACGCUUACUCGUUUAUCCCUACAUGGCCAAUGGCAGCGUAGCAUCAUGUCUAAAAGAUCGAACUUAUACACGACCUGUACUUGAUUGGCCAGCAAGGAAACGAAUUGCAUUGGGAUCCGCAAAGGGACUUGCUUAUUUGCAUGAUCAUUGUGACAUUAAGAUAAUCCAUCGUGAUGUGAAAGCUGCAAACAUAUUGUUGGAUGAGGAGUUUGAAGCGGUUGUAGGAGACUUUGGGUUGGUUAAACUCAUGGACUGCAAUGAUACUCAUGUAACAACAGGUGUUCGUGGUACGAUCGGACAUAUAGCCCCUGAGUAUCUAGCCACGGGGAGAUCUUCAGAAAGAACUGAUGUUUUUGGGUAUGGUGUGAUGCUUCUAGAACUAAUCACUGGGCGACCAGCCUUUGACCUUGCUCGGCUUGCCAAUUAUGACGAAGAGGUCAUGUUGCUUGAUUGGGUGAAAGGACUUUCUGGAGAUAAGAAGUUGGAGAUACUUGUGGACACGGAUUUAAAUGGUAAUUAUUUGAAAGAAGAAGUAGAAGAAUUGAUACACAUAGCUCUAUCAUGUACACAAGUCAAACCAACCGAACGACCCAAGAUGUCACAAGUUGUGAAAAUGCUCGAACGUAACUGUUUAGUGGAAAGGUGGGCUGAGUGGCAGAAAGAGAAGAUUUCGAUGCAAGAGUUUAGCCACAUACAUAUUCAUUUCAAUCCGGAUUCAACUUAUAACCCUAGCAAUGAUCACUUGUCUGGUCCUAGAUGAUCGAAGAUCCAUCUAUCUUACUUUUUAUAGAAAAAAAUUAUUAUAGAAAAAAAUUAAACAAAUAAAGCCGACAGAGUGAAGCUUUUUCCACUUACGUCUAAACUUUUUACAUAUUUUCAUUAUUUUUUUUAUUGUGACACCCCUCCUAAAUAUACUCCAUGGAUCUUUAAU